GGAUAUGCAGCAACGUUAAGAGUGUGGCGCUUUUCUUGUGCAAGGGGAAGCCGAAGUGAGGUUUGUUCAAUGCUGCUGUUGCUUGUCUUGUAUAUCCCUCUGGGUUGAAGGGAGAGUAGAUGGAAGAAGAAGCAAAGGAAGGUUCGAUGAUGGAUGGGAAGAAGAGAGAGGGCCGGGGUCGCCUUUCUAUAUGUUCUUUUCGUCGUCAGGGCCUGCACACUGGAUGGCCGCUUGCAGAGGUGGACCCGCACGCGCAACACACUCAAACACUUACAGCGAGAGACUCACAGCAGGAUGAGAGACACAGGCCAGGUGCCUCCGUCUUUCCGCAAAGAGAGUGCCAUGGCAAGUUGGGAAACGGAGAGGGCAGGUCGUGUUUCACCGCACAGAAAAUGUCUCGAUGAGAAAAGGAAAAACGCCCCUUCCGCCUCCCUUAAAAUGUCCCCAGCCACCAGCAUCCAGAGGGCAACAACCGUCAUCUUCUCAGGUUUUGUGCACAGACUUGCAAGUGUCUCAGACAGUCAGACUAUCAGACAAGCACAAGCGCAGGCUGAUCAGCUCGGUCUCAUUGCCAGGACACGAUGAUUCAGAUACACUGCAGCACGAGUUUGGAGCUUAACUCACCCGCGUAAGCUCU